CAAACGAGCUCCGAUCGGGAUGAAAUUUUAGUAUGUUGUUCCUCACAUCCUCUUUUUCAUAUCCAACGGUGGGAUUGUUGUUUUGACCUCUCGAUGUUGGUAAAAUUGUCUCUGUUUACUGCUGCGUUUUUAUUGGGGAUUUCUCACUUUUGAGUGAAGAUUAUUGUCAUUUGGUGUUCCAAGUUGUUGCUUGAUGAUUGUGUAUACCUCUAAUUGAUUUAGAGAGGAUUCUUGGUGUACCCACUGAUUUUCUUGGUGAUUAGUGGAAGGGUUCGUUUUUUCCCCGAUUUGGGGUUUCCACGUUAAAUCUUGGUGUUCGUUUAUCGUUUGGUUGAUUGAUUGUUGUUGUGUUUGCUAUUCUUGAUUGGUCAUAUGAUUUUGCCCAUUUUGACAACACAAAGACGGGAAAAUUAUUAAUUGCUUCCGCUAGAAAAUUGAGGUGAUUUUCCCAACAAGAAGAACAAGGCAACAACAUUUUUGAUGUAACAAAACUUAUUCUUGAUCAAAACCAUCCACCCAUAUUGGAGUUCAAGAAAAAAUUUUUGGCAAAGGGAAUAUCUGUACCGGAAGUUCUAUGCUUUAGUAGUUCUACAUCCAAACCACUGCCUCCAACAUUUGAUGUAAAAACUUUAGAAGAACUUUGUGACACUUUACUGAUAGUUGGCUUUGAACAGGAGACUGAUUCCGGCUAAUGCAACUUAUUCAUGUGCAUAUUGUUACAUAUUAGGAACUGUUUUGAGGUACCGCUAGAAAGUGCACGUCAUUGACGAAACAUGCAAUCUUGCAUUGAUCUUAUGGGAUAAACAAUGCAUUUCGCUCUUUGGAAAACAAGCAGAAGCUUUCUUAAAUGGAACUGAGGAUGAACUCCGAGAAAUGGCCGUGCUUCUGGGCAAGGGCUUCCGGGUCACCCAUCCCGAUGCCGUCGGGGGGAUUAGUUUAUCCUACAAUCCAAACCCCUAGAAGUAUAUGGUCAUGCAAUAUCACUCUGUGGAGAACGGGUUCAAAUUACCCCUCCAUGGUCUGCUCCUCGACCUCUGCCGUCAUUUCGGAUUCGCUCCUGGUCAGUUGACUGCCAAUGCGCACAAGUAUGUCGCCUCCUACAUCUUGCGGUGCUGUGCUCUGGACAGAACCCCAACAUUGGACGAAUUCCUCAUCCUCUUCAGUAUUGGUGGGUCUUUUCCUUUUUACAGCUUGUAUCCCCAUUCUCAUGCCCCAAUUUUUGAGAGGGUUGAGUUUAAGAAUGACAAAUGGUCCCAGCGAUACUUCGUCAUUGAGUUCCCAGCUCACAGUCCCUUAGAUCUGCCGGGUGUUGUUCUUCGUAGUUCUAUCUCCCGGACGAAGUUCGCUACGGCACACUCGGCGGAGGAAGUGUACAACGUCUUGAGAGACAAAGGGGGUUUAAUUCCACAUCACUCCCUUCAAGACGCCAGGUUAUACCAGAAGGCGGAUUUUUACUAUCCCCUGGGUCCUGACCCUGUUCCGUUUGAAGGGGAGCCUUCUCUUGAAAGAUCAAAGGCUCCUCCUGCUGUGGAAUCCGGUUCAGCCGGGAGCUCCUCUGGGGUCCAAACCCUAGGUGACUUCACUGCCUUGGCCAUCCGCAAGCCGACUGCUGCCCUGGAGGCUGUCCCCAUCUCUGCUAUCCCUGGGCUGAGGAGGCCCACUCCGUCCCAGAAACGGCCACAAGAAGGGGUCACAGAUGAUGACUUCCUUCCCAAGAAGAGUAAGGGUGAUGGUACUCUUGCUUCGCCCAGCCCUCUGUCUACUUCUUUAGGUACUCAGAAUACCACCCCCGCUGCUGCACCCGGAGGUUUAGAGCUACCCAACCCGGAUAGCUUGGACCAUGAGGCAGAUGAACUCCCAGACCAAGCACCACUCAAAAAACCGGCGGCGCAGCCUCAGCCUGAGGUAAACAAUACCUCCUCACAAACUGCAACUGCUCCCCAAGAAGUGGAGGAAGAAGUUGAGGGGCAGAAAGAACCAGAGAUUUCUUCUGCGACAGAGAAGGAGGUUGACGUGCAGACAGAACCGGAAACUCCCCCCUCGAAAGAGAAUGAGGUUGAAGAGCAGAGGGAUACGGGAGCUCCCCCAGAAAUGGAAAGAGAGCCCGAGAAACAAUCAGAGCCGGAGGGACAGUGUUCUACUACCACACCUCCAGCACUCAAUGUCCCCAUCCGGCGUAAGUUCACACCGCAAACUUAUCCCGCUUUCAAGGAAGGAUGGGCUGGGUUCUCUCGCGAUUUGAUCUCCAUGCAGGCCUCCCAUUGGACCAUUCAAGCAAAUCUGGAGAAGAUGAAGGAGUCGUUAAAGGAGCCCACAAUCCCUCAGGCUCGUCCCGACCUGCUUGCUCUCAAUGCUCUUUACUCCAUGGAGCAGGCCCAACAAUCACUCCUCACCCUCACUCAGGAGUACCUGGGUGGAGCAUUAGGGAACUACCGGGCCGUGGUGGCCCUGAAGGAGAAGGAGUUGGCGGCCAGGGCUCUGCAACAGAAAGUUGAUUCUCUGGAGCAACAAGUUCAGGCCCUUCAAGAAGAGAAUUCCCGGCUCAAGGAAAAUGGCUCUAUGGAACUAGCAGCUGAAAGGUCCAGAGUCAAGUCCCUGCAAGAGAAAAUUGCUGCUUACCAAAGGGGGACUCAAGAUCUAGAAAUGCAGUUUGACAGACUCCGGGCACAAAUCUCCAUUCUGGAAUCAAAGGCCUCAGCUUCAGAAGACAAGGUGGGAAGUCUGAAAGAUGAGUUGGUUGAAAGGGAAUCCCGGAUCUCUAAGCUGGAGAGUUCCCUCCAGGAGGCCAAAGUUGUCUUUAUUGAUCUUACUAUUUCCGAUUCUUCUUCUGAUUCUUCUUCGUUGGCAUUCCCCUCACUUGGGGCCCCAACACCUGAACUCUCUUCUGGGCCUUCUCUUGCCUCUGAACAAUCGGUGACUUCUCCCUUGCCCAGGGAGGAGAAUAACCCUCAUCUCCCCCCACAGGUAUCAGGGGGUGUUCUUCCGGGUCCCGGCGUGCUUCCUAACGGUGCCAGGACGGAAGUCUCUUCUGGCUGUCCUGGCACGUCUCGUCCGCAGAAGAGACGCAAUCCCCACUCAGGAGCUUCCCGGUUGGUCUCUGGUGCGAGGCCUUCCUCCCAGGGUUCCCCCUCCCCUCAGCAGUCAUAUGGACAGCCACCUGAGGAGUGGGGGGACUAUGACAUGGGGGGAAAUAGGCUACCGUUUAUACGCAGGGAAAAGGACGGAACCUUCCGGGAUCCUCCUCCACCUUCCAGUAAAGUCGUUAUCGACUUAACCCUUUCCGGGACAUCUUCCUCAGAUGAUGAUUUCUCCGCCUCCCCGACUCAAUCCAACGACAUGGCUGGGUUGAGUCCUGGCGAGUUCUCAAGACUUCAUCCAGCACCUCGUCUUCCCGCACCAUCUCCUCCUAGUCCACCCAGGCUUCCAUCCGGGAAGAUAGACUGGGACUCUAUGACCCUCCAAGACUUCGCCUUGUACCAAAGGAUGCGCAGGGCUAAACUUGAGCGUUCUCUGCCGACUGUCGAGGCGGAACCUUCACGUGAAAGCCGGACUGCUUCUCCAAACUUGCUGAGGUCUCUCAAUGAUGGUUCUUCAUUGGGAGCACCAGCUCCCCGUUCUGGGACGUGGGAAGACUAUGACAUAUGGGAAGCUGCUGAUUCCGCUGCGUGCCCCUCGUCGAAGAGAAGGAGCCCAUGGGAAGGGCCCCCACCUCCUUCUUGUUAACUGCAUGGAUGCAAUAGGCCCUCCUUCAGUGCCUAGCCCCCCUGCAAAUUAAAUUUCUUUUCCUUGU